CAAACGACAUUGAACAAUGAAUAUAUGGUUAUUGGUUUCCAUGCUGCUCUGCGUUAGCCAGCAGCUGCUGGCGGCCAAGGUACCAGACCCAGUGGCAGUGGGGGCGCUGCCCACAGGACGCAACAACAGCUACUGUGAGCCACAGCUGUGUGCACGCGGCAAGCAGCAUGUGGCCUGCGACAAGUCCUUGAAUGAGGCGCAACGCACUUGCAGCGUUGAGCAGGCGCAGCUGCUGAACUUGACGAACUACGCCGACGUUAUAGUGAAGACGCACAAUGAGCUGCGCCAGCGGCUGGCCAGUGGCAAGAACAUGACGCUGCCGCGUGCUGCGCGCAUGGUGGCGAUGCAGUGGAGCGAGGAGCUGGCCACGCUGGCGAGCUACAAUUCGCGCAUGUGCCAGGCCAAACAUGACGCUUGCCGCAAUACGGCGAACUUCAAGCGCUCCGGACAGAAUAUAAUUGUGUUCAACUUGACGCGUCUGGUGGAGAACGAGCUGAUGGACAAGCUCUAUCCAGAGCUAUUGCAGUUGGGCGUGCGCAGCUGGUGGGCGGAGCAUAGCAAUGGCAGCAACAUUAUGAACGAAGCGGAUGUGGAGCAUUAUUCCUGCACUUACAAGCGGCCACAGCAUCUCUUUCGCCACUUUGCGGUCAUGGCCGUGGAGAACAAUACGCAUGUUGGCUGCGCCGGUGUGCGCUAUUUGACCAAGCAGCUUACCCACUUCAAGCUGACCUGCAACUACGCCGAGGACUUUGUCUGCGGCAAGCAGAUCUAUCAUACACGCUCCAGUGCCUGCCAAACUGGACCCAAUCCGCAUCACAAAGCGCUCUGCUCCAAAAAGGAAACAUUUGCAUAAAUGCACGCACGCACACACACACAUAUAAUGCACACCAAUAACUAAAGUGCAUUAAAUAAACGCACGCACUUAUUUUCCAAAUACGCAUACGCCUAGUAGACCCUCAAUAAAUAUUGCGCAUAACAAAA